AUGCCACCACCUUCCUCUUCUUCAAAAUUAACUUUAAAUAAAAACGCGGGUAUUGAUUAUGUUAUAAAGUUCAAGUUUCCAACCAGUAGCAGAGAUAAAUCAAGACAACAACUGGAACAGCAUGUAACAAAGUCUCUAAAAGAUCUAACAGCUCGGUUGAACUCGGUCGGUCUUCGUUAUCAGAUACGCCCAGGAAAAGAACCAGAUACUUUGUUGAUAUUCAUUAGCAGUCCCAUUCAAUGUAUUAAAAAGGAGUUUCGUCGAGAGAGAGUACGUGAUUUCUUGUUAGGCAUACGUGUAGAUGACAUCGAUGAAGCUUCGGACAUUCAAACAUUCAAGGAAUUGACAAAGGCUGAACGUUUAAGGCUAGUCUAUGAAAUCAUGACACAGCCAAAAGAAGAAGGUGGUGCAGGAAUAUCGCCUCAAACAGACCAAUAUGUGGAAAGCAUUAUUCCUUUACAUAAUGAUGAGUUGAAUGAUAAAUGGUUAAAGUCUUGGUCUACUAAAUGGUUGAUUGAUGAUAAUGAUCUAUUGUUGAUAAGAAACCAUUUUGGUGAGAAAAUUGCCUACUAUUUUGCAUUUCUCCAAAAUUACUUCUUAUGGCUGAGUGUACCUGCAUCCUUGGGUGUCUUUGUUUACUUGACUCAUACUAAUACGCUGGCAGGCUGGUACUCUCUAGCCAUGAUCAUUUGGGCUAUUGUGUUUAUAGAGAUAUGGAAACGCAAAGAAAACCAAUUGGCAAUUCAAUGGGGCGCACGAAAUUAUUCAAAGAAUGAAAAAAGAAGAACAGAGUUUAAAGGUGAUAGAUGGGUUAAGGAUGAAAUUACGGGAGAAGAUAUGCCUGUGGUAUCCACAUAUAAACUAUUGAUCAGAAGGUUAGCGUCCAUACCUGGUGUUACUAUAGGUGCGGCUUUUUUGAGUAUCAUCGUAGGGUUCGUGUUUAUGCUUCAGUUAUUCUUGCAUGAAUAUUACAAUGGCCCCUUUAAACAAUUCUUGCAUUAUACACCUACAGUGGGCUAUGUUCUCUUGAUUCCUACAAUGACAAAAAUAUAUAGUCAAUGGAUGAAGCGGCUGAAUGAUUGGGAAAUGCACAAGACGAGCGCUGCUUAUGAAUACUAUUACACACAAAAGAUAUUUAUUGCUAAUUUCCUUGUUGGCUAUCUAUCCAUAUUCAUUACCGCUUGGAUCUAUAUCCCCUUUGGAGACCAUGUCUUACCUUACCUUGUUCAAUACAACAUUAGUCAUGAUCACAAAUCAGUAGACUUUCAAAGACUUCGUGCUCAACUUGUUUAUUUUGUCGUUACUGGCCAAAUAGUGGGAUUUUUAACUGAAAUGGCUGUUCCUUACGUAAUCAACCUUAUCAAACCCAAGGCUCAAAGGGUAUCUGAAAAAGUAUUACAUAAAAGGGAAAUGCCUACGACAAAAGAGUUGGCAAUUAGAGAAGCAUCAGAAAAUGAUGAGGAAGAAGUAAAGUUUAUGGAAAAGGUUUAUAAUGAAGUAUCAAUGCUGGAGUACGAUAUCUACAUUGACUAUGCAGAGAUGGUUAUCCAGUUUGGCUAUGUCAGUAUGUUUUCUACAGUAUGGCCACUUACUGCUUUAUGCUGUCUGAUUAAUAACUGGAUUGAACUACGUGGUGAUGCUGUCAAGAUUUGCAAACGUCCUACUCCGUUACGUGCGGAGAGUAUUGGGCCUUGGUUAGGCAAUAUGGAGACCUUAAUCUGGUUAUCGUCCAUCACUAUGAGCUCCUUCGCCUACCUUUUCCAUCCUUCUACAAACAUCCACUCUUACUACACUCCUAUCUUUACAUUAGUAGCCAUCCUUAUAUCUGAACACAUCUAUGUUGUUCUUCGAUUGGGUAUUCGUCAAGCAAUUCAUCUCUUAUAUCCCAAUGCCUCUGAGUAUUUGGUCAAGAAGGAAGAAUAUAAAUUAAAAAAGGUUUGGCUAGAGCGUAUGAUAGGCAACCAUGAAGCGUUCAUCAGUGCCACUGAGCAACAAGAUAACAGUGAUCUUUCUCAAGGCUUGUCAGCCAAGAUAUGGAGAAAUCACCUGAACCAGCCCAAGAUAGAAGUCGAUACAGCUGUACAGAUAGUUCAAAACGCCUUCAAGACUGAAUAA